UGAGGGGGGCCCAACAGCAGGAGCGCAAGGGUUGUGUUGGGUUGCCAGGCUGCAGAUGCGGUGCAUGCAAUUGCAGGACCUGAAUGCGAGUUCCUGACUUUUCUGAUGUGGGAGGGCCAGGGAGGUGCUGGGAGGGCGACUGGGAUGGCGCAAAAGUGCGGGGACGCGCGGUGAGCACCUCCCAGCUCCUCCCAGCACCUCCCCAUCCAGAGGCGCCAACAUCCCACGCAACUACGCCUAGACUGUACCACCAUCGACUUUUUUUAUGGUCACUAUGGUCACUAUGGUCGAUGGUCAUGACGGCUUCCUUUGCCCUUCAAACGCCGACACCCCUGACCUUGGACAUUCUCACCACACUCCGAACUCCAGCGGCCCGCGGAUCUGUGUCGGGGGCAAAUCAAUUCGUUGGUCGAAUACGCCAGCCCAAACCCGGCACUGCUAUCCUCUCCCCCAUCCCCCAUCAUUCAAGGUUGGGCGGAAGCCAGCGCGAUUCUCCCUGAUUCGUACUUAUCCUAUGGGGGCAUACUGUGACAUCAAGCCUUGGCCGAUUCACUUUUUCACACCUAUUUCCAGUUCCACCACCCUUGCCGUCAUGCGGGCCGGCAUCUGUGCGGGUGGAAUUUCUUAAAUAUGGGCACUGCCCCUGCUCCAUAUUCGUUUUACAAUUAUUAUUGCUGCUUACAGUUGGCGUGAGGUCUCUCUUGGUCAUAUCGUGUUUGCUCUACUGCAUAUAUAGCCCGGUGCAUGUCCUACCUGAACUCUUUGUUCUACCAAGCACGCUACCCGAUACCUCUUUCCCAUCACCGUCACCC